AAAACGCCGUGGGCGGGACUAAGAAUGAAGCAGCGGAAGAUUCAAACCGAAGAUGGCGUCGGUUGUUGAUGAUCCCCAAAACAAUCACAAACUGAGCAGAAGGGAAACAAAAUGCAGUGUGUUUAACAGUCGGGGGAAGUCGGAAUCAAGCCAGCCUGUGAUAUUUAACCCUGACUUCUUUGUGGAGCGGUUGAGACACGAGCACCCACAGGCAUUCACGGAUUUAAUUCUCAGCAAUUUAACUCGACUCAUAGACCUUCCAGGGGAUGAAUUUGCUCAGCUCAUUGGAGAGUCCGAGCCCAGGGUGCCCUCCGCCGCUAGCCUUCUACGGUCACUCAACUUCCUGAAACGGAAAGAUAAAGGAGUGGUUUUUGGUGCACCUUUAACUGAAGAAGGAAUAGCCCAGAUCUAUCAGCUUAUUGAAUACCUGAGUAAAAACCUUCAUGUGGAGGGGUUGUUCCGUGUGCCAGGCCACAGCCUGAGGCAGGCAGCCCUGAGGGAGUUGCUGAAUGCUGGCACAGAGAUAGAUCUGGACACAGGCGACUUCCACCCCAAUGAUGCAGCCACAUUGCUCAAAGCCUACCUGGGAGAGCUGCCAGAGCCUCUUCUCACGCACAGACACUACUGUGCUCACCUAAAGAUUGGAGAGCUGACUCGUUUUGAUGAGAAUGGGGACAAAUCAAAUGUGCCUGACAAGGAACGCCAGAUUGAAGCAUAUCAGCUGCUUGUCAUGCUGCUCCCACCAGCAAACCGCAGCCUCUUGAAGCUGCUACUAGACCUGCUCUUCCAAACAGCUCGUAACCAACACAUCAACAAGAUGUCUGCUAUUAAUCUAGCCACAAUGUUUGCUCCACACAUCAUCUGGCCCAAAAAUGUGACGGCAAGUGAUCUGCAGGGAAACAUAGAGAAACUGAAUAAUGGUGUUGCAUUCCUUAUCAGGCACUCCCAAAAGCUUUUUAAGGCACCAGCAUAUAUUAAGGAAUAUACUCGCUUGUACUACACAGGAUCAAAACGUCUACAAUCAAAGGAUGAUUCAACACUCUGUUCUGGGGCUAAAGACAAAGAGACCAUGCCUGCAGUAACAGCUGCUUCCCCUUCUCCCUCACUGAGAACAAUGGGCGGUGAGGUCAGCAGCACAUCCACAGCCAAGUCCUCUGAGACUCAAAGCUAUACAGAGUCUGCCCUCAGGGAGCUUUUCGAGCAUGUCAAUAGCAUGCCUGAGUCUGCCAAAAAGAAGAAACUCAUCAGACAGUUUGAAAAGCAGCCUUUGGUGACACCUUCAGCUGACUCUCGGGCACCUUUCAGCAGAAAACACUGGCGGUCACGCUCUCUAGGUGGAAUGAUCAAGAGGAAAGUGUUGGGAAGCCAAUCAUCAACAGAGAAAGAAAACAGCAGACAGCAGAGUCCUACGUCAAGCACUUCAGUUGAAGCCCAAAGAGUAGAAAACAACCGCUGGGAAGGGGAUUAAUCAUCUCUAAAAGAACAUGCUCUUCAAACAUGAAAAAAUAAGCAGAGUCUGAUUGUUACAUACAAGGAAGUUCUCAAGCCAUCAAUAUAACUCAGCAGACUGUUUUGCUCUGUAUUCAGGUUUUUUUCUUUUUCUGAAAGAGCCUUUGAGGUGAGUUAGAUUAUUAGAAUAUCAACAUAAUUUCUUUGCUGUCUUGAACAUUUAAGUCAUGAAAGGUCAAAAAAUAAUUAAAUGAAAACACAGAAGACUUUCUAUGCUUUAUUCUAGGUCAAUGCAAGUUAUCUUUUUUCUUACCCUGACUACAGAAGUUUAUUCCUCUCAUUUGUUGUUCAUUUAAAAUGUUCCACAGAAUGCACAUUACAUCAAUUCAUACAUGUGGACUUCAGGGUUUUAAUCUCUAUCAUUGACUGAAACAUUUUUAUUUAAUUCCCUAACCUAAUUGUAUUUAUUUUUUAUGAAUCUUAAUCUUUUAAAUUCUGGGAUCCAGUGCAUUUAUAAAAUAUGCAGACUUUUGUAAUUAAACUUAAUUUGGAAGUGUCUUAGGUAGACUUGCAGUGUCAGUGCAGACUGAUGGAGACUUAUUUUAGAGAUGUGCCUUAAAGUAAAUAUAUCUGAAGUUACUGUAUGUCCCUAUUUUAUUUAACUAUCUUUUUUAUCUUAAAAAUACCAAAAUAACGAAACAGCUUUUAAGAAUAUGCUGCAUAACCAGGUUUCAGCUGAAAGUAUCAGAAACAAAAGGGAUUAAUAGUUAAGAAGGAGUUAAAAAUGGGAGGUUGAAGACUAAAGCUUUGUAUAUUAUGCAUGUCUUGUUUUAUGUUUCUACUUCAGCCCAAACCUGUGGCACCAAAAACUGUGAUGCUUUAAACUACUGUUCUCUAAACUACAUCUUGUUUUGCAUCUUUGUAGUUUAUUUUCCCUCAGGCCAGUUUUGAUUCUUAUGCAACAUUUAUGCAUUUUAAAGCUUUUACUAUGAUUUUCUAUCUUUAUAGUUAUCCAAGUUUUUAGAGUGAGAAUGUGUUUGAUGUUUUUAUUCUGUUUUUCUACUCUUCUAAAGGUUGGUUAAACACAAAUGAAGAAGGAAAAGUUUGCUUUUUAAUAUGGUUAUAAUCAAAAAGCUAUUUUGGAGAAUUUGUGCCACUGCCACUUUUAAAAACCUUCUUGUUGUCUUAAUCUUUCAGUUGACAUUUUUACUUGAUAGCUGCCUCUGCCAAACUGUGACAGUGUAACUGAAGUGUAAUGCCUGGGUUUGUCAUUGUUACUGACGGUGUACCUACACUUGUGAUAUUGGUGCUACUGUGAAGCUAUGCAACCUACUAUCAUUAAAAGACAACUCCUGA